AGAAAUUGAAAAAUUUCAAGGUUCGGAUGGAAAAAAGGAAGAUGAAGAAAAGAAAUAUCUUGAUGUUAUCAGCAACAAAAACAUAAAGCUCUCAGAAAGAGUACUGAUUCCUGUCAAACAAUAUCCAAAGUUCAAUUUUGUGGGGAAAUUGCUUGGACCAAGAGGAAACUCCUUGAAGAGGCUACAGGAAGAAACAGGUGCUAAAAUGUCUAUCCUGGGCAAAGGAUCAAUGAGAGAUAAAGCAAAGGAAGAAGAACUAAGGAAGAGUGGGGAAGCCAAAUAUGCCCACUUGAGUGAUGAACUUCAUGUCUUAAUUGAAGUGUUUGCUCCUCCUGGGGAAGCUUAUUCACGCAUGAGUCAUGCACUGGAAGAAAUUAAAAAAUUCCUGGUUCCUGACUACAAUGAUGAAAUUCGUCAGGAACAACUACGUGAAUUGUCUUACUUAAAUGGUUCUGAGGACUCUGGUCGUGGCAGAGGUAUUAGAGGCAGAGGCAUCAGAAUAGCUCCCACAGCUCCUUCAAGGGGCCGUGGGGGCGCCAUUCCUCCUCCCCCGCCACCUGGACGAGGUGUUCUCACCCCUCGAGGAACCACUGUGACCCGUGGAGCUCUUCCAGUGCCCCCUGUAGCAAGAGGUGUCCCUACCCCUCGAGCCCGGGGGGCACCAACAGUGCCAGGAUACAGAGCACCCCCUCCUCCAGCCCAUGAAGCUUAUGAAGAAUAUGGUUAUGAUGAUGGCUAUGGAGGUGAAUAUGAUGACCAGACAUAUGAGGCUUAUGACAACAGCUAUGCGACCCAAACACAAAGUGUGCCUGAGUACUAUGACUACGGUCAUGGAGUAAGUGAGGAUGCCUAUGACAGCUACGCACCAGAAGAAUGGGCCACAACCCGCUCUAGCUUGAAGGCACCACCACCAAGGGAUACCUGCUCAUGAUUACUCCCAUAUAUUUCUUGUAUUUUCCUCUAUACUGUUGGCGUGACAUUGAAAUUAGUAUUAUUUUACAAAACGGACUGAAAAAGACAUUGGCAAGCAUAGUCUAUAAACCUUUCAGUAGGAUGAUAAACUCUUGGUUGUUUUUCAUUGUUGUGUGUUAACUUUUUUUUUCUUUCUUUUUUUUAAAGAAAGAGCAUGAAUCUGUUAACAGAUUUUGAGUCACAAUCAACUAGCAGAAACUUUGUUUAGGGUUGCUAAAAGACUGUAAUAUGAUUUUUGAAUUAGCUGAUAAUAAAGUUGUAGAUAAGAUGUUUUAACCUGUCUUUUAAUAUCUGUUAGUUAGAUGAAGAUGUUCGAUAUUAAGUUUGUAAAUUUAAUUUUAAAUGCUGUUUUAAUGGGGUUGAGAACAAGCGGCUACUGUAUGUUUGUAGCUAACUGAAUUUGUUCAGUGUUUUAACCUGUAUUUGUUAAAAAAGAAAAAAAACACACAUAAAGUUCCAUGUGUAAGCUUCUCUAAAUAGGAAACCACAAUUUGUCAAAUAUGUUUGCCAUAAUUUGUCAAUAAAGCUGAAAACUUUUGUAAAAACUAAAUUUGGAAUUACUUGUUUUCUAGCUUUAAAUGCCUGCUUUAUUUCUUCUUCAAGAGAUGCUAAAAUGUUUUCUAUUUAAAAAUUACAAAAAUGAACCCAAGCCUGUUUUAAGAUAUUUGUGUAAUACUUAAAAAUGUAUUAAUAACUUAUGGUUGUUAAAUAAUUUAAAAGUUAACAAACUAAACUGUUACAUGAAUCAUGGUUAGUAAACACUAAUGUAUAACAUGUUAAUGGAAAAAAUGGAUUUAGAAUAAUAAAUGGAUUUUAAACUA